CCCGCUAAGCCCCGCCUCUCCACCGCACCCUAUGUCGUCAUUUCCUGUGGGUCUGCAGGCAAAGGGAGAAGAUGGCGGCGUUGGGGGAACCUGUGCGGCUGGAGAGGGAUAUUUGUAGAGCAAUUGAGUUACUGGAAAAACUGCAAAGAAGUGGAGAGGUACCACCACAGAAACUUCAGGCUUUACAAAGAGUCCUUCAAAGUGAAUUCUGCAAUGCUGUAAGAGAGGUAUAUGAACAUGUCUACGAGACUGUGGACAUCAGUAGCAGUCCUGAAGUGAGAGCUAAUGCAACUGCAAAGGCUACUGUGGCUGCAUUUGCUGCCAGCGAAGGACAUUCUCAUCCUCGUGUUGUUGAGCUACCAAAAACAGAAGAAGGCCUUGGAUUCAAUAUUAUGGGAGGCAAAGAACAAAACUCUCCAAUCUAUAUAUCUCGAAUAAUUCCAGGUGGAAUUGCUGAUAGACAUGGCGGCCUCAAGCGGGGAGAUCAACUCCUUUCUGUUAAUGGAGUGAGCGUUGAAGGAGAACAUCAUGAAAAAGCUGUAGAACUGCUGAAAGCAGCUCAGGGAAAGGUUAAAUUAGUAGUACGAUAUACACCCAAGGUCCUAGAAGAAAUGGAGUCACGCUUUGAAAAAAUGAGAUCAGCGAAACGCAGGCAACAGACCUAAUGCAAUUCAAAACUUUAUAUUCCAUUUUGCUUUUAGCUAGAAAAGUUUUACUUGUGACCUACUGAUGGCCGCAAUGCCAAUGAUUGUAAAAAAGAAACAGAAACUUCCUGCGAAAUCCUCCUUGCCAUUUUAUAAACACCUAUUUUAACAUUGUUGUGGUUCCAGAGAUGCAUACACUUUUUUCUGACAAGAAAAAGUGAAAGGUGAUGAGGGCAAUUCUGUCCUGCUGUUUUUACAGGCCUUUUUCAAAUGCAGAUUUUGUCAUAAAGUUGUUAUAGAUUUUUAAAAAUGCUUUUUUAAUAUUAAAAUGUACUUUUACAUUCUUAAUCUUUUUUUAGGAAAAAAAAGUUUU